GAGUGUGUGUGUGUGAGAGAGAGAGAGAGAGAGAGUGUGUGUGUGUGAGAGAGAGAGAGAGAGAGAGUGUGUGUGUGUGUGACAUGAACACGCCGGACAAAGAAGGAUUCACGAGACAGCAUUUAUUACCACAGCGCACGCGCACAUAAACAUGAACGGGAAGCGCGUUUAGAAAUUCAAAGAAAGGAAAGUGUGUGUGUGUGUGUGUGUGUGUGUGUGUGUGUGGUGAGAGAGAGAGAGAGAGAGAGACAGAGAGACAGAGACAGAGACAGAGACAGAGACAAAUACACACUUCCCUGCAGUCAACCCGGCGCGCGAGACUGCUUCAUUCCGAGCUUCUUCAGCUCAUAUUCUGUCUUCAAUGUCACAAAGAGCAGCUUCAAGAAGAACACAAUGGAAAAUGGGAAUCUUUCUGUCCAGACCCCCAAAACAGACUCGGAUGUGACUGCAAACGUAGAGAACGAGAACGUGACGUCACCGCAAAUCACCAGCAACACUCAACAAGACCAAGUCACCAAACCUAAACCUGGUGUGAGCUUCAGACGCAAGCGUGAGUUCAUUUCAGUGGAAAAUAAAGAUGCAUCGUACUGGGAAAAGCGCCGCAAGAACAACGAAGCAGCCAAACGCUCACGGGAAAAACGCAGAAUUAACGACAUGGUGCUGGAGAACCGGGUGACGGCGCUCAAUGAUGAGAACCUUCGCUUGAAGAUGGAGCUUCUGCAGCUGAAGCUCAGGUUUGGGCUCAUCAGCUCUGCAUCCUACCUGGAGAAAACCCAACAAAUCAGCAGCACUGCUGGAGACAAGCACAUGUCUGAAGAGCCAAAUUACCUCCUGAUGAGCUCGGACUCUUCAGAGGCGGAGCAAAUAACUCUGAGUGAAGGUCAAGUGUCGUUAACCAAAUAUCCUUCUCGAGGAUCUCUGUCCGAUUCCUCGGACGGUUCGUCUGUGGACUGUGUGGAACCGCAGAAAGACGAAAUGAAGCGAGAAGGUUCAGGCGUUCACGUCGGCCGAGUGCAGAACCAUCACCGCAACGCACAAGAACAUCACGGGUUUCAUCAGCCGGCUUCUAACCAGAGGAGCGUAAUUCUCUACAACAGCAGCUCCUACGUCGCCAAGAACCCAGCUGAUCCAGAGCAAACAGGAAGUGAUGAUCCGCCGAGAUCCUACGCUUUAGAGACUCUCUCAGAAGUGGCUCAGCAGCUGGCGAGUGGAUCGCUGGAUGGACCAAAUUACCAAUACACCAAAAGUAAAACAGAUGUUCAUUACACCCUUGAAGCCCAUCAUCUACGGGAGAAGGCUGAUCCCCAGCACCAGAACAUCUACCUCACUGACCCACCAGCACUAACUGAUCUGAGAGACCACAGUUUCUUGUGUUUGAAUAAGGAUGCGUCCUCAAGCGACGGAGAUCCUCGCAGCUCAGACAAGGAAGCGUCCACUGAUGACGAGUCUCCAUCUUCUUCAUCGUCAGAAACCGGUCAGAGCUCACACUCUGGUCAAAAUGGAGAAAAAGUUAAAACAACAGCGUUACCUCACAAACUGAGGCUGAAACAGCGAGCCGUGUCUACAGAGGACUCCACCUCCCUCACCUCAGUCUCUUUAACACUUCUGCAGUACGAACAAAACCCCAGGCAGAUCUCAGAUGCUCCUGAACCUUCUCCAUGCAGAGGCAGCGUGAGGAGAGGGUCAGGAUCACGAGGAGGAAGGAAUAAGAAAUGAGACUGAGAUGGUUUGUCUGUUUCAGAGCACAGAGUCUCACUCAUCAGCCUUCUGUAUUGUUAAAAAUCUUCUAAACAUAAAGACUUGUGUCUUCUGGAUUAGAGCUGAAGGUCUGGUUUCUCAUUCUAAAGCCUGUAUCAUCAUGUGAUGAGCUCAAAAAGCAAAGCUAAAAUCACUAAAGUCAUUAAAACCUUCUGAGCACUUUCUCUACUUCAGCACUAAAGGAUAACUUGCUCACCUUCACACAUGGCACCCAGGAGCAUCAUGGGAAAAAAGUUGAGCGAGGAGACGAUCAGCAGAAUCUUUGUCUGCGAAGAAAAUGAUUCACAUUGAGAUGAAGUGAGAAAUGAAUUAGAUCAGAUUCUGUAGUGCAACUAUCAACACUAAGGAGUCAGUUAUUACACUAACACAUCACACACACACAAUUGUUUAUUAGCACUUACUCAAUAUAUUCCAGAUGAUAUGAGUGUGUGUGCAUGUGUGUGUGUGUGAGUGCGUGGUGUCUGUACGUGUACAUGUGUGAGAGUGUGUGUGAGUGCGUGGUGUCUGUAUGUGUGUGUGUGUGUGUGUGUGUGAGAGUGCGUGGUGUCUGUACGUGUACAUGUGUGAGAGUGUGUGUAAGUGCGUGGUGUCUGUAUGUGUGUGUGAGUGAGUGAGAGCAUGGUGUCUGUACGUGUGUGAGUGAUUGAGAGCGUGGUGUCUGUAUGUCUGUGUGUGUGAGUGAGUGUGUGUGUGUGUGAGUGAUUUGAGAGCGUGGUGUCUGUGUGUGUGUGAGUGAGUGUGUGUGUGUGUGAGUGAGUGUGUGCGUGGUGUCUGUAUGUGUGUGUGUGUGUGAGAGUGCGUGGUGUCUGUACGUGUACAUGUGUGAGAGUGUGUGUAAGUGCGUGGUGUCUGUAUGUGUGUGUGAGUGAGUGAGAGCAUGGUGUCUGUACGUGUGUGUGUGAGUGAGAGCGUGGUGUCUGUAGGUGUGUGUGUGUGAGUGAUUGAGAGCGUGGUGUCUGUAUGUCUGUGUGUGUGAGUGAGUGUGUGUGUGUGAGUGAUUGAGAGCGUGGUGUCUGUAUGUCUGUGUGUGUGUGAGUGAGUGUGUGUGUGUGAGUGAGUGUGUGCGUGGUGUCUGUACGUGUGUGUGCAUGUGUGUGUGUUGUUCCUGUUCAGCACUCACACCCUUUACACUAUAAUUUAAUGCUGGAACUAAGACUGAGUCGCAUCUAAUCCACUGAACCCUGGAGCUCUUUGUUUUUGUUUCAUUAUGAACACAACGUUUGUAUCGUGUUGGUGUUUGACCCACGACGUGAACCUGAAAUGUCUAAAUCUGCCACGAUAAAACUGUGAAUAAUAAGAAUCACUUUUGUUCACUUCACAGUAUGAUAAUAAACUGAUGUUAAAUAUUCAGGACAGGAUCCACACCUGAGCACUGAGCUGUGUUCAGACCCCUUAUUAAUGUGUCCACAAACAAACAAGUUAAACCACAGUCCAGUUUGGGUGUCAGGACCUCAGUGUGUUGGACACAAAAAUACAACCUAACUGGCAGAAAAGGUUUUAAACGUUUUCACACGAGACUUCACUCGAGGUUUAAUUAGAGAUGCAGAUGGAGCACGAGGUGUGUAGAGUUCAGUUCACUGUGACGUGACACUACACACUGCUGAUUGGUGUUCAGGUGUUGAUUAAUUCUCUCUAACAGCAGCUCUGACUGUACGACAGGUUUAUAUUCAUGUACUGAUACCUUAUUGUUUCCAUAGUAACAGCUCACGUGGACGUGUACAGCUCACACUCCACUGUGAAUAAACUGAUGAUAAACAUGUGGAGUAGCCUUUUGUCUCCAGUGUCAGUGAACAUCUUCAGGACAGAGGAUUUUACACCUGACUCAAAUAAAUACGGCACUGUUUCCUUUAAUUCCUCAGGUUGAGGCAGAGAGGAGAGAUGAGAGACAGUUGGACUUGUGAUGUCCAGCUCAUGUGACGCUUUUAUUCACAUUCAAAUUGCAGCUUAAUUCUGAUUCACAUAAACACUCAGAAUCCUGCAUCAGACCACACACACACACACACACACACACGAUUAGUGUGCUGUAUGUAAACAAAAAGACGCCUCAGUGCUGCAAACUUUUUAAUCAGAUUUAUACGGACUCAUUUGAUUUUAUAUAUAAAUAUAUUUUCCUCACAGCUGAUGUGUUUCACUGCUGUGUGUAUAUAAGGAAAUACAACCUGGCUGUAUGUGAGCGCAAAAGAGUGUAAACUCACACACACACACACACACACUCUGUACCUCUCAAGAUGAAGACCACAGGGCGACAUUAUACACACACAAUCACGUUAAUAUAACAAACUACAUUAAAAUAAGCUGUACAUGAUUUAUAUAAUUACAUACAUGCAGUGACUGACUUCAGCCAGCAGGUGGCAAUAAACUACACUGACAUUUGUUCUAAAGCAGUUUACACACACACACACACACUCUGUAUUAUAAUUAAUGUGUAUAUUUACUUGUACAAUUAAUUAUUCAGUCAGUAAACAUCAUAAUCAACAAAUAUAGAAAAAUAAACCU